AUGCAAUACAAAAACACUUUAGCUAUCGCUGCCUUAGCCUCUUCUGCUAUGGCUGCCUACAAGCCAUCUGAACCAUGGUCCACUCUGACUCCAGACUCUAAAUACGCCAAUGCCAUGUCAGACUACACUGGCUCUUUCGGUAUUGCUGUUAUUCCGAUGACUGCCUCUACUGCUAAAGCUAAAAGAGAUGCUGUCUCUCAAAUCGGUGAUGGCCAAAUACAAGCUGCUACCACCACUACCAAGACUGAAGCUCCAAAAUCCACUGCUGCCGCUGUCUCUCAAAUCGGUGAUGGCCAAAUUCAAGCCACUACCAAGACUGAAGCUCCAAAGCAAACUGCUGCUGCUGUCUCUCAAAUCGGUGAUGGUCAAAUCCAAGCUACUACCAAGACUGAAGCUCCAAAGCAAACUGCCGCUGCUGUCUCUCAAAUCGGUGAUGGCCAAAUCCAAGCUACUACAAGAAAGACUACCACUUUAGACGGUAAAUCAUUCUCUGCCACUGCUACUAAAGCUGAAUCUACAACAUCUACCGCUUCUACUUCUUCCGCCCAACCAUCAGAAGAUGCUUUCUUCGAAUCUCAAGCCUGCAAGAACAAUGGCACUUUAACUAUGACUUUAAAGAACGGUAUCUUAACCGAUGCUAAGGGUAGAGUCGGUUCUAUCGUCUCUAACAGACAAUUCCAAUUCGAUGGUCCACCACCACAAGCCGGUGCCAUCUACGCUGCUGGUUGGUCCAUCACUCCAAAGGGUAACUUGGCCAUUGGUUCCAACGAUGUCUUCUACCAAUGUUUGUCUGGUAACUUCUAUAAUUUAUAUGAUGAAAACCAAGGGGAACAAUGUACCAAGGUCUACCUACAAGCUGUUGAAUUAGUUUCUUGUUAA